AUGCGCGCCUCAACCCUCGUCCUGGCGCUGCCUGCGCUGGCUGCUGCUCAGCAGAUCCCGAUGCUUGACCAAGUCAAAGGCUGGUUCGCAAAGGCUACCGAUUCGAUAUCCUCAGCCGUCUCGUCAGCAACAGAAUCCGCCUCGAUUCCCAAGCCGAAGAUCCCUGAUCCAGUCGCAGCCGGUGCUGCCAAGAUUGCGAGCUUGAAUGUUGAGCGAUUGGGUGUACACAACCACGAUACCCUCAUUAAACCAGGCCAGUCAACAGCCUCUCCGGGCAUCGAGACAUGGGAGGUCUUCGUGACCGGUGGAAACAAGACUUGCUAUGGCGCGUGCGCCAGGGCAGAGACAGCUUUCAACGAGAGCGUUGCGCUUGUUGCAGCUUCGCCGAACCCACCACACCUUGCGAUUCUCAACUGCGAAACGGAAGGUCCGCUCUGCCACGCCUGGGCUGUAUCCCCACCUAGCCUUCUCCACAUUCAGCUUCCGCAACCUCUCCCUGACCAGUCCACCCCGGCCACGACCUACCGAACAAUCCAUCUGAACCGCACCACCAUUACCGCACCUGAGAUCGCGGCAAUCCACCUGCAAGACAAAUACCUGGACCAGGAGCCAUACGAGGGCGUUUGGCACCCAUUUGACGGCCAAUUGGCCAAGGCCGGAGUGAUCCUCUACGUCGGGUACAUCAUUUGGGGCUUCUCCCAGAUUCCGUCUUGGGCCUUCAUGAUUGGCAUUUCCAUGUUCAGCCGGACUUUCAUGUAAGAUCUAACGCCGCCGACGGUAUACACAGACAGCAACUGACAGUUGUACAGGAGCCGGCGAACGCAACCCCAAGGUGGCCGAGGCGGUGCGGCACCGCCUGCUGCUGGCGCUGCUGCUGCUCAAUAG